AUCAAACUCAUUUGGUCGAGUGACUAGGAUAUUCCAAUCAGAAGCCAUUAAUAACCUGUAAUGGCACUGAAAUAGAAAAGAAGCAAGUGCAAGCAAACUAACUGGUUUAAAUAAGCUGAUCGUGAUCAUAUUGACUAUAUUGAAAUAGUCACUUGAUUUGAAGUGAGCGGAACAGGGCAACGAUGAGUCCCGGCACCGAUCCGGAUUCAUCUUGUGUAAUAACAGCUGUUGGUUUUGUUGCACAGGCUGGAACCAAACAGCAAAAGUAUGAAGUCUUAUCUCGAACUUCAGAUAGUGCUGAUGAUGCUUGUUUGUGGCCAUCAAGUCUCCUUUCACGACGUACACGAUACCUAUGUUAUGUUUCAGAAAAUAUAAAUACAUGUGCUGGACAAAGACCAAUACUUGUAAAUUUGGUACUAGUAGACGACGGUGAACAUAUUCCUGCAAAUCAUCAAGCGAUAUAUAAUACAAUAGAUACAGGUGAACGUGCUUUAAAAAGAAAAAUUCUUUGUGCUAAAUUUUCACCACGUUCUACGACUUCUCGUGCAAUUACCAGAAUUGGUGUUUACAGUCGUCCACGUACUACAACUCCUGGUUAUACACGUAUCGGUGAUAUCAAUUCGAUUGUGAUUUAUUGUAAACAUACAGAGAUUGGUUUACUUAAUUCAGAAAGACCAUCUGUUCAAGUAAAACUUCCCCCAUCAGUCCCAUCUCGACCAUCAAUUCCAGAUAGAAAUAGUUUGUAUCCAAGUUUACCUGCAUUUCCAUCAUCAGGCAACGCUUCAGCUUGUGAAGCAUUCGCUACAACGCGACGUGGAACAGUACAUCCUCUGUCUGGGAUUCCUUUCGAAUUGAACAAACGUUAUCUUACUGAAGAACCAGGGGAAUGCAGAACUAACGGAACAUCAAAGUACAAGUCAUUUGACGAAAUAGAUUCUGAGGUAAUUUCCGCAGUAAAUCAUAUAUUUGUUAACCUUUUUGAUUUCAUUUUUACUUAUGACCAUUGAGUUAUUACACCUGAAAGGAAGUGACUAACUGGGACUAACGAACUGACAGUAAUACUCUGUAGUAACGCUUCGACUUGGCAUUUCUGCCGUUCCAAUUUGAUAUAAAAUUAAAGGACAUGGGGGAAAAGGCUCAUGAAGAAUCGACGAGAAAUUUGUGAAUUUUCAAUAUCGUUUUGAUCAAGAACGCUUUUUACUUGAAACAUCAACGUGAACGCUUAUCAAACCCAGAUAUAAUUGUAAAACGGCUGAUAUGAUCUAUAUUUAUUUAUAUUUAAUAGUUCUCUUCAACUUUUAAAAAUUCAGAUAUCACAGUUUUCUUUUUAUAUUAAAAUAAAGUCGAUGAGAAAGUA